AUGGAUGGUACUCGAGUUCCAACAAAACGAGAAUUACUUAAAAUUGCUAUGGCUGUAUUUGAUCCUUAUGGAUUGGUUGCUGAUUUUUUGUUGUACUCCAAAAUAUUGAUACAAAAAGCAUGGAAGCUUCAAAUUGGCUGGGAUGAUCCUAUUCCACAUGAAUUAUAUAAAAAGUGGAAGGUUUGGUGGAACGAGUUAAAAAAUAUUAGCCGCUUUAAAGUACCACGUUGUUUAUCCCAAAACCUAUUCUGUGCAAAUAUUCAGUUACACGUUUUUGUAGAUGCAAGUCAAGAUGCCUUUGCAGCGGUAUGCUAUUUUCGUAUUCAACAUGAAAAUGAAUGCAAAGUUGCCUUUGUAAUGGGAAAAAUUAGAUGUGCCCCGCUGAAAUUAAUGAGCAUACCACGUUUGGAACUUCAAGCCGCAGUACUGGGAGUUCGUAUGAGUAGAAUUAUUCAGCAAAACCAUGAAGUUUGCAUCUCGUCAAUACAUUUUUGGUCAGAUUCGCAGACAGUAAUUCAAUGGAUUAAUUCAACUGAAAGACGAUUCAAAGCCUUUGUUAGUCACCGUAUUGCAGAAAUUUUAAAUAUAUCUACGCCACAACAAUGGAGACAUGUACCUAGCCAACAAAACCCAGCCGAUGCUGGCACACGAGUUUCACUACCCCCAAAAUUUGACAACAAUGGUAUUUGGAUAUCUGGUCCCAAAUAUCUGCAAGCCGAUAGUAGUUCAUGGCCAAAGACAGGUAUGGAUUUACCAAGCGUUCCCAUUGAAGAAGAACUACAGCCAACCAUGGUCAUAAAAAGAAGCUCUACUUACCAGAUGUUGGAUUAUAGUCGUUUUUCAUCUUUCAAGAAACUUGUGAGAACUUUAGCAUGGGUAUUACGGUUUGGAAGACAUAAUUUCAAUUGUGAAUUGUUACAACCUUCAGAGAUUAGUGAAGCCGAAAAACUACUUUGUAAAAUGGUACAACAUGAAUGCUACUUAGAGGAGAUAACAUGUCUUCAACAAAAAGAACGAAUUCCGAAAGACAGUACUUUGUAUCCACUUGUUCCUUAUUUAGAUGAAGAAGGUAUACUUCGUAUUCGAGGACGUUUUGAUGAAGUUUUUUACCUUCCAUUUGAAGCCCGAAGACCAAUUAUAAUGCCACAAAAUCAUUUGGUCUCCGAACUAAUUAUGAAUUAUUACCACAAUAAAAAUCACCAUCAAAAUAUGAACUUAACUAUAAAUGAAUUACGUCAAAAAUAUUGGAUUCCACAUGCAAAAUCAUUAUUCAAGAAAGUUAAACGUAAAUGUCUUAUAUGUAAGUACGACACUAUCCAACCUAAGGUACCUUUAAUGGGACAACUACCACCCGAUCGUAUUACACCGUUCGUGCGACCAUUUACUUACACUGGUGUAGAUCUCUUUGGACCUUUCAACGUUUCUGUUGGUCGUAGAAGAGAAAAGAGAUGGGCAGUAAUAUUCACAUGUUUGACAAUACGUGCUGUACAUAUUGAACUAGCUGAUGAACUAUCCACCGAUGCAUUUAUUCUAUGUUUUCGUAACUUUGUAAAUCGUCGAGGUACCCCAAUUAGAAUCAGAAGCGAUAAUGGGACUAAUUUUAUUGGUGCCCAAAAGUUACUCAAGAAAGAAGAUAGACUAUUUGACGUAGACAAAAUUCAAGAAGAGGCGAUAAAUAGAAACAUCGAAUGGUUGUUCAAUUGCCCAGGCAAUCCAAGCUCUGGAGGAGUAUGGGAACGUCUGAUUCGAAUAAUCAAAAGACUUCUGAGUAAAACUCUAAAAGAUACUUCGCCGAAAGUGGAAACUUUAAGAAGCUUAUUGAUUGAGGCGGAGAAUAUCCUAAAUUCAAGACCUCUUACCGAUAUUCCUAUUAACUCGGAUGAAGAUGAACCAAUUACACCAAACCAUUUUCUAAUAGGCUGUGUUAACUCAACGCAAACACCCAGUGUAUCUGAUGAAAAUAUUUGUCUGCGUAAACAAUGGAAAAUUGCUCAAAAUCUAAAAGAUCGAUUAUGGAACAGGUGGAUUCGAGAAUAUCUUCCCCAGCUCAUUCAAAUAUCUAAAUGGAAGGAUAAACAAAUUCCUUUGAAGAUCGAUGACAUCGUGCUCAUUUUUGAUAGAGACUUACCUAGAAAUCAAUGGUUAAAAGGACGUAUAGUGAAAGUUUUUCCUGCAAAAGAUGGUACAAUUCGUUUUGCUGAAAUAAAAACUAGCAAAGGCAUAAUACGUCGACCUGCUUCUAAAUUAGCCAUUUUAACAUUAGGAAAUGGUGAAUCAGGUUGA